GGAUCAAUGAAACUGCGUUGGUAGUGCGCAGCUGCGAAACUUACUUGGUACUGUCGGCUUGUUGCAUGUUAAUUUUUAUCUCGAAACCCAAUCAAAAAUGCUUACUUGCUGUGCGGUAAAUUAUUCGAUUAUAAAAUGUACAAAACAUGCAAAAAUUAAUACAAAAUGUAUGAAUACAGAAAUAAUGCGCAAAGCAGCGCUCAUAUGUUUUAAUUUUUGUUUGAACGCCUUUCCGCUAGAGGGGAAUAUACACUGUUUUUCAUAAAUGCCAACUUACAUGAAAUACAUUCUCAGCAAAGGCCCAGUGAGAAAGUCUUUAUCCACUUCCUGCACAUGUUGGAAAGCCUGUUGUGACGGCGCGUUGCUCGCGUGUGUAUAUUUUUGUGUUGUUAACAAACUUAAGAACUUUAUAAGAUGUUGCCGUUGUGAGAAAUAGCCGAGAGAAAUCAUUUGGUCAAGAGAUUCUCGAAAUUACGAUUCUUUUAAUUAAUAAAUCAAGUACUUCACAUCAUGGUGGUUGUAACAAGUUUUCCACCUCCAACUGAAGGCAUUAAACACCAACAACCUAAUACUUCUGCUUGUAUAAAUCAAAAAGAAAUUGGCAAAGGAACUCUGUAUAUCACAGAAAGUCGCCUAUCCUGGGUAAAUGGUGCUACAGGACAAGGAUUUUCGUUAGAGUACCCACAUAUUGCGUUACAUGCAGUCUCGCGAGAUCUGACAGCUCAUCCUCAUGAGUGCCUUUAUUUAAUGAUUGACACAAAUAUUGAAGAGCCAGAACCGUGCAACCAAGAAGAAGACAAUGAGGAAGAAGGAUCAGAUUUAGGUCUCACGGAAAUAAGGUUUGUUCCUGAUGAUAAAGGGAUGCUUGAUGCCAUGUUUCACGCUAUGAGUGCUUGUCAAGCCUUGCAUCCUGAUCCACAAGAAAGCUUGUCAGAAGAAGAGGAUGAAACCUUUGAAGACGCUGAGGAUGAUGAUGGGGAGUAUCAUCUUUCUGGUGCAGGAGAUACACCAAUAAUUUUAAAUGUUGAAAGACCUGCAUCUAAUGGAGUGAAUGCCCCUGAUGGCAACUGGGAGCCAAUGGAGACUGAAGAGGGUCAGUUUGAAGAUGCAGAGAUUGAACCUGAAAACUAAAAGAACUUGGAUUUAGAAGUACAAAGUAUUACUUUUGAAAACCCAGAUGGUUUAUAUAUUUAAGUUGAAAAGUGAUGUUUUUUGAUACUGUGAAUGUUAUUGUAAUUAACAAAAAAUUAAAAAAAAAUGUAUUAAAAAAAGAAAUGAAGAAAGUUCAUGUUCUUUUCUGAAGUAGGAAUGUGACUUAAGAAGGGUUUGCAAAGUCAAGAAAGUACGAACACUUGAUAUUAAGCUUUAAUAUAAAAUUCUUAACUGCAAUUGUUCCAUAAAAUUAUCACAGAAUCAGAAUUGUAAAGCUCUUGUAACAUUGCAACAAAAAUAAAAAGAACAGUGCAUAAAAUAUUACAUAACUUGCUUAGUCAACUGUAAAAUAAAAAUAACAUUUUCUUAAUAUCUUAUCAGCAAUUGUUAGUGAUAUUGAAGACAUGCCACAUUUAGCCAGAGUGUACAACCGUGAAAUUUUAAUGGACCAAAGAGGGUUUUUAUAGUCAAUUAUAUUUUUUAAUCUACUGAAUGCAUGAUCUUUUAUACUGAUUUUAUCCUAAGUGCUAGAAAAUAACAUUAAACCACACAAUUGUAAGAAUUUCCUGAGAUAUUUGCAUUCUUAAUGUAUUGCUUACAUUAUUUUCUGGAGAAAAAUAAAAACAUUUUGUGGUAAAAAAAUUCAUUCAUCAAUCCUCAUGAAACAAUUUCUGACUAGACAUUCUCUGAAAUACAAAGAAAAAACAAACUCAACCCUCAAUAGAGUAUAAACAUGGCAAUAUUAUAUAAAUAAGCACUCCUAUAGUUUUCAUUGUUGAGAAAAAAAUUAACCAAAUUUUUAUAAUACAUUAUAGGACCCUGCAAUGCUUCACUGUUGUAAACAUAUAACACUUCGCGUGAUACUGGUCACAUUGCUAAUCAUAUUCUACACCAUGUAGAUGAUAAUGAAAGACUUUCUCGUGAGCAUGAGUUUUGUUCAAUGUCCUAGUUUGGACAUAAUUGUCAAGUAUUCUGUUAAAAUGCUCUUCCUUAAGUUUGGGCAUGCAUUCAUUAUAACACCGCCUAGGAGAAAUGUGACUUGCCUGAGAUAACAUUCAAGCUGAUAUUUCACAAUAGCUGGAGCAGAAUAUGCAGUAAAAACACGUUUAAUACUUGAGGGUGCAGCAGGUUGCAUAAGCUUCAGUUCAG